AUGCUCCAAAAGUCAGUUAUUCUCCUGCUGCUGGUGAUCAGUGCUUCUGCAUCUUAUGAAGCCGAACAGAAUGACUCUGUGAGCCCCAGGAAAACCAGGGUUGCAGCACAGAAUUCAGCUGAAGUGGUUCGCUGUUUAAAUAGUGCCCUCCAGGUGGGUUGCGGUGCUUUUGCCUGCCUGGAGAACUCUACGUGUGACACGGAUGGAAUGUACAACAUCUGCAAGUCCUUCCUCUACAGCGCUGCUAAAUUUGACACUCAGGGAAAAGCCUUUGUGAAAGAGAGCCUGAAAUGCAUUGCAAACGGAGUUACGUCCAAGGUUUUCCUUGCCAUUCGGAGGUGUUCCACUUUCCAAAGAAUGAUCUCGGAGGUGCAGGAGGAAUGUUACAGCAAACUGGACAUGUGUAGCAUUGCAAAGCGUAAUCCUGAAGCAAUCACUGAAGUUGUCCAAUUUCCAAAUCACUUCUCAAACAGGUAUUACAACAAGCUCGUGAGAAGUUUAUUGGAAUGUGAUGAAGAGACUGUCAGCACCAUCAAAGACAGUUUGAUGGAGAAGAUAGGACCCAACAUGGCCAGCCUCUUCCAUCUGCUGCAAACAGAUCACUGCUCUCAAACGCACCCCAGAGCAGACUUCAACAGGCGACGUAUCAUUGAGCCUCAAAAGCUAAAAAUCUAUUUCAGGAACCUCCGAGGUGAGGGGUCUAUUCCAUCCCAUGUGAAACGUACCUCUUCAGAAAGUGCAUAA